UCUGCCCUUGACUCAGGAAAAUGCUUGUCCUGUCCUGCUUGAGGAUGAGGUCCUUCCCGGGGUCACAUAUCAUCCUCUGCAAGAUGCAAGAAAGAGCUGAGCCAGAAGACAGCAGCCCGUGUGAGAAGCUUUGCUAUCAUUUGUUUUCUGCAGUUGGUUGCAUUGUUGGGGUCCUUCAGAGAGUGUUGGACUGUGGGAGGAAACCAGAGCGACGCUCACUCAGGAACAGAGAGAAGAGGCACGAACCCACUUCAGCCUGAGUGCUUCCUCAGCCUUCUUUCUGUGAGGCUGCCACUCUGACCUUCUCAGCCAGAAGAGGAUUCCAACAUCUGACAGCAGCAGGACUGAGUCCAUGCUCUGCGGCUCUUUGUUCGAACCUGAGGUUGAUGGAGGUGUCGCGCGAAGCUUCAGAUUUUCAUCUCUGGUGGUGUAGACGUUCUUCACUUAAAACCCAAAGCUGGACGACAGUCAUUGGACCGCUCUACAAAUCUGCAUUGAACUGAAGUCACAUCCAGCCAUGCGUGUCUUCCCUGGACCUUUGCAGUUUGAGGACCACGACGUCACUGGCGUUGGAUCCGUUUGCACGUGAUGCCUAACAGUCAGUUCAUCUGACGCUGGGGACACAGGUGAGGUCGCAACACUUUCACUCGCUCAUCAAAAGCCAUCUCAGCAGCAUGUACUGUAUCACGCUCCGUCUAAACAGCCCACCCUCACCCCCGUGACGUCAGAUGUCGCCGUUGGGAAGCAGACUUCCGCGGCCCGUACUGACACUGAAGGCAGCUGUCCAUGUUGCAUGUUGAUGCAGAGGCGUUUCAAUGAGAGCAGCCCCCGGAGUCAGACCAUCCAAAUCACAGAAAAGCGCUGAGGAAACGCGUCCGAGCCUGCCAGCUGGAGAGGGAUUUCUGGAUCGUCCCGCGACCUGCCGCCGCGCUGGUGCGAUGAGAGAGGACCCGGAGAAGGGAGGAGACCUCUCUCAGAUGUCGGGGCAGCAGAUUCCUCACUUCCUGCAAGAUGUCAUCUUCCACGGCAAAUUUAAGCUCCUCAAAGCCCUGACCCCGGAGGAGAACACCCGCUGCCAGCAUGGCCUCUACUUCCAAGACGGCCAGCGGCACGUGGACUACGUCCUCACCUUCCACGUGAAGAAGCACAGCCGGCACACGACGCACCUGCACGCCGACAACGCGCUGGCCCGCAGCCUCCGCCGAGGCCCUUGGAGCCGGCAUCGCCACGGAGAGAGGACGAGAGACGCGUCGUCGUCCCCGUCCUCGGGCGAUCCCAGCUGCCACGGGGAGACCCUGAGUGCCCACGAGGACCAGAAGUCAUUGAAGAGGGAGGAGUUUGAGGGGAAGCUGAGAGACGUGGGCCUGGAGCUGGAGAUUGAUGAGGAUUCCAAGAUUCCCGGCGUGGGCUUCGUCAAGAUCCACGCGCCCUGGAACGUUCUGUGCCGAGAGGCGGAGCUUAUGAAGCUGAAGAUGCCGACCAAGAGGGUGUACGAGGUGAAGCAGUCCAGCGGCGUCAUGGAGAAAAUCAGCUCCCUGGUCAGCAAAGCUCUGGAGCCGCUGCGUCCUCACGUGGAGGAGCCGCGACACAAACACAUCAAACACCUGUCGCACACUUUCUCCAGGGAAAAGCAGCAUCUGUUCGACCUCUCAGACCGUGACUACUUCUUCGACAGUAAAACCAGAAGCUCCAUAGUGUUUGAGAUUCUCAAGAGAACCAAGUGUAAAGCCACGUACAGCAUGGGCAUCUCCAGUCUCCUGGGCAGCGGCGUCUACACGGCAGCGUAUCCUCUUCAUGAUGGGGACAUAAACGAGGAAAGCGCUGAAUCCAAUGACAGGAAGCUUCUGUACGAGGAGUGGGCCAACUACAGUGUCUUCUACAAAUACCAGCCCAUCGGCCUCGUGCGGAAGUACUUUGGCGAGAAGAUCGGCCUGUACUUCGCUUGGCUGGGCCUCUACACCCAGAUGCUCAUCCCCGCCUCCCUGGUGGGCGUCAUCGUCUUCCUGUACGGCUGCGCCACUGUCGACGACAACAUACCGAGCGUGGAGAUCUGCCACCCCAGGAACAACAUCACCAUGUGUCCUCUGUGCGACCGAGUGUGCAGCUACUGGCGGCUGAGCAGCGCCUGUGGGACGGCCAGGGCCAGCCACCUGUUUGACAACCCGGCCACCGUCUUCUUCUCCAUCUUCAUGGCUCUGUGGGCCGCCAUGUUCAUGGAGCACUGGAAGAGAAGACAGAUGAGACUCAACUACGAAUGGGACUUGACAGGGUUCGAAGACGAGGAGGACCACCCCAGAGCCGAGUACGAACUCCAGGUGAUGCAAAAGUCUCUGAAUAAAGAUCCAAACUCCCGACAUAAGACGGACAAACUGACCUGUCAAGACCGCUUUCCUGCCUACAUGACGAACAUCGUGAUGAUGUUGUUAAUGGUCGGUGUUACAUUUGCCAUUGUGUUUGGUGUCAUCCUCUACCGGAUCUCCACCAAAGCCGCCCUGCACAUGAGCUCCAACCCCGUCACGCGGAACAACGUGCAGCUGACGGUCAAGACCACGGCGGCCAUCAUCAACCUGGUGGUCAUCCUCAUCCUGGACGAGGUGUACGGAGCUGUGGCCCGCUGGCUCACGGUGUUGGAGGUUCCAAAAACGGACAAGAGUUUUGAGGAGCGGCUGAUUUUCAAGACCUUCAUCCUCAAGUUCUUCAACGCGUUCACUCCGAUCAUCUACAUUGCGUUCUUCAGAGGCCGGCUGGUCGGGCGACCCGGCAGCUACCUGUAUGUGUUCGAGUCCUACAGGAUGGAAGAGUGUGCGCACGGAGGCUGUCUGAUGGAGUUGUGCAUCCAGCUCAGCAUCACCAUGUUGGGGAAGCAGCUCAUCCAGAACAACCUAUUUGAGAUCGGGAUCCCGAAACUGAAGAAGCUGAUCCGCUACAUCCGGACCAAGCGAGGAGCGUUCCAGGAGGAGGAGCGGCAGAAGAAGCUGCAGAGAUAUGAAACCGACCACUUCCUGGAGCCCUUCGCCGGGCUGACACCCGAAUACAUGGAAAUGAUCAUCCAGUUUGGCUUCGUCACACUCUUCGUGGCCUCCUUCCCGCUCGCGCCUCUCUUCGCCUUGCUCAACAACAUCAUCGAAAUACGACUGGACGCCAAGAAGUUUGUGACGGAGCUGCGGCGGCCCGUGGCCGCUCGAGCCAAGGAUAUCGGGAUCUGGUACAACAUCCUGAGGGGCGUGGCGAAGGUGGCCGUGAUCAUCAACGCGUUCGUCAUCUCCUUCACCUCGGACUUCAUCCCCCGCAUGGUCUACCAGUACAUGUACAGUCCCGACGGCACCAUGCACGGCUUCGUCAACCACACGCUCUCCUACUUCAACGUCAGCCACUUCCAGAGCGGCAGGGAGCCCAUGGACCCGCUGCAGCUGGGCUACCACGUGGAAAUGUGCCGGUAUAAGGACUACAGAGAGCCUCCCUGGUCCAACACGCCGUAUGAGAUCUCCAAAGAGUUCUGGGCGGUUCUGGCGGUGCGACUGGCCUUUGUCAUCGUUUUCCAGAACGUGGUGAUGCUGAUGAACGACAUCGUGGACUGGCUGAUCCCCGACAUCCCCAAAGACAUCAGCCUGCAGAUCCACAAGGAGAAGAUCCUGCUGGUGGAGCUCUUCAUGAAGGAGGAGCAAGGCAAGAGUCAGAGCUUUGAGGGCAGGGCCUCCGCUGGCCACAAGGUGAACUGCAGCCGGAACAACAACAGCACCGCGGCGCCACAGACUCACACACAGCAGCAGCAGCAGCAGCAGCACAGCAACAGUUUCUGACUGCAGGCGGACGGGCCGGCGCUCGGGUGCCGCUCGCCCUCAGAACAUUCCAGAGCUGUGGAGGCUGAGUGAGGACAGGUCCAGCCUCCUGAGCUGCUCAGACUGGAUUGGCUCUGAAGAUGCACCCCGACAUUAUGAACUCACCCUGGAUGAUUUCAACAUUUACUUUCAGUUCCAUUCGUUAACCAGAUGUUAUGAAGUAGCCGACGUUCAGACGCUAAUAAAGUAGUCAACCUUCACGUGUGCCAGCAGAACGUCUCCUAUCUGUGAAGACUGGAGGGGUUUAAGAGCCAGAGGGGUCCAGGGAUUACCUUCUAAAGUCCUGUUCCUCCUUCUCGCACGGUGACCGGUUCUUCAUUUUGUGUCACGUGAAGGGAAGGCGACAGAGUUUUACCCCACUGGAACGUCAGGAAAUUUCAGGUUCACUCUGUUGUUAGUUAAGGCUUUUUUAAACCGUAUUCACCCACCAGUCUUCGUCCCUAACCCUCACCUAUAGUCAUGUGCUGUGGCGGGUGUGACUUGUGACUUGGGUGACAGUAGGGCCUCUGCUUCUCCAG